AUUGGAGCGUAAUUACAUAGAUCAUGCACUAGGAAAUUUUCCAAAUGGAAAUCUGUUCGAGCGUGAAAGUACCGGUUGUGAAGCAAAAGCUUUGAAACAGAAGUUUUAUUGCCAAUGCCAGGAAAUUAACUGUGGUUUUGGUAAUUUGGUUAACUUUUAAGUCUUGAGUAUUGCAGUGCUCCCUUGUCUCAUCAGAGGCGGGAUGCAUUUGACAGAUUGUUGAGGGCGUCUUUGGCACAUUCUGGAAUUGGUCGCGCGAAAAGCUCAUCAAUGAAGAAAUUUGUUCAUACUAAACAUUACUUUUAUGACACAUUCUCUGAUUUAUCUUUCUUGUUCUUUUUCAGUUAAGUAGCCUCUUUUAAUCCAUUAGGUACUUGAAGUAUGAUGUUACAUAAGUUAUUCUUGACUUGUUAUUUCUUUUUGUGCUGGUGAUCAUCAGAGACAAUCAUGCACUGCUAACCCUCAUUAAUUUGAAAUGUUUGUCCAUAGUCUUGACUUUUCAGUUUUCAGCCUCAGUUGCUGGCAGCUGCUUCCAUUGGUCAAAGCAAAGAUGAACUUCAGCAUCAACAUUGUUAUUAGUACUCACACCAAUCAAUAUAGAUUGGAUUUACUUGGAUCAAGCCAAGUCCACUUCAACUAGAUGUUUUUGUAGCUAAGGAGACAGGAAUAUGAAGCUCACUCAUCUGAAGUCAUAAUAUCGAGGUUUGUCUUAGUCUCGUAGACCAUAGUCAUCAUACCUUGCAUUCUGUAGCAUAGCAUAAAUCUCCUUCAUAAGAUGGCCAACUUUAUAUGGUAGGAUAACGUCGAGUUUUUUAUCGGAUGCUAGCUCAGUGGCAUAUUGUUACAAAUGAACCUUUGAUUUCUCAGUUGUUCCAGCAGUGAGUCAAUAAACAGUAUAAAUUGUUGUAGUCACAGAGUUUGUAGAACUGCCAAAAUUUUGUCUGCAAUGCAGACCUUUUGCUUUCUCCUAGUUGAUUUAAAUUAAUGAUUUUGUUAUCAGGAUGGACAGCCAACUUGAUGAUUGGUUGGCUUUAAUAGCAUCAGGUAUUAUUGAUGUAGUUGUUAAACUACUAACGUAGAUUUUAACUAGGAUUGAAUGAAACCAGAAACCCUAACCCCCAAAUCAGCCCCAAUUCAAGAAACCCUAUGGCUAAAAUUCCCAAUUCCUACGUCUGAAAUUGGAACAGAUUCUUGAACUUCUGAAUUGAAAAUAAACACCUUGAAUCUCUUGGGUAGGGUCUGAUAAACUCACAUUCCCCUCCCAACCUCUCACCGAGUGUGUAUCACUCUCUCACUAAACUUCUAAGGAAUCUCUCAUAUUGUAUAUUUGCAUAAAAGUCUCUUCUUUUAUUUCUGAGGCAUAUCGUGUAUUUAUGCUGGCAUGAAUAUAGAAGAUUUUAUAUGUUUAUGACAAAUGGGUUACAUAUGAGAUUGCAAAAAGAUUUACCUGUACCCAUUAAUCAUUCUGAAGGAAUAGACGCAACAAAUCCUUAAAUUGAAAACCCUAUCAUAUAAUGAAUUUCAGUCGACUGCUUAUUUCUGAUUUCUCAAAUGCACAGGAAGAAGUUACUUGGUUCAAAAAGAUUAUACUAGAAUUCGAACAGCGGUAGUUCCAUGAACAAUUUUUUUUUAUUACCCUCAGUGUCUAGAUGUAAAUAAUGGGGACUUGAUUAGUUCAUGGGAUAGAUUUUAGAAUCUUCUUGGCUGCAGACAGUAUUGUGUAACUUAAAAAUAACUUGGUGCGGUUGGAACCAAAUGAGAAACCAAUUAUCUUAGAAAAAGCAUGUGUACUAGAAAGUGAACAAAAGUCUUUGAAAAAAUGUCGUCAUCUAAGGACAGACUGCUUGUAGUGAAAGUUGAUGCUGAAAUAGACAAUUCUCAAACAACUUCCUCCCUAAGGUUGAAAACUUUAAUUGGCUACCCACUUUGGAGGUUAUGGCAGAACAGCAGAGUGAAGUGAAAUUGCCAUGGUCUGCUGUGACUUAUGACUCUGGGCCUCUGGCGUACGUGUGAUAACAUGGUGCAGAAUUUCUAUUAGUGGACUUGUUAGUCCCCAACCCUCAUGAUUGGGUUUUGACUUGAAAUUGUAGGUUGUACAUAAGCAUGUAACUUUCUGGCACUUAUUUCAGUUCUGUAAUUUUUUUCAUCCGUAGAUUCCAAAACCAUAUGAUUGCCGGGUAGUAAUAUUUAUAUUUCCUCUUUAGAAUUUGAUUAUUAUGGUUGUGAUUCUGACUCUUAUCUCAAAGCCCUAUUAAUUAAGUUAAACAUCUAAUAACCAUGAGGGAACUAUACCAGCGAAGACCCCACAGGUGCAGUUGACGACCUCUCACCAUCUUCACCUGCUCAAAUCCAACCCCUUCCCCAGCAAAGCUUGCCUAAUAUUAUAUUUGUUCAGUUUUAUUACGUUAUUUUGCUGAUGUGUCUUGACUCAUGAUAGCUGUACUUGAAGAGGAAGGAGGUGACGUGGCACCCAUAUCAAUUGCUUUCUUUGUAGCUUUUUCCUCCACUUCUAUUUUCUAGUUCCUGUUAAUUUAAUUUCACUCCAUUUUUCCUUCAUAAACCUUUUACCUUUGCCACACCCUCUGAACUCCCAUUUCUUCAUUUGACAUAACACCUCUCUCUCCCUCUCCCUCCCUCUCCCUCUCUCCCUCCCUCUCUCUCUCUCUCUCUCUCUCUCCCUCAUGGCAUCAGAAUCAGCAGAAGACGAUCCAGGGCACGGGGAACUGAAAUACCAGACAUGGGUCUUGAAAGUUUCAAUACACUGUGAAGGGUGCAAGAAGAAAGUCAAGAAAGUUCUUCAAGGCAUAGAUGGUGUUUAUACGACGGUGAUAGACUCCCAGCAACACAAGGUUACAGUUACUGGCAACGUUGACGCAGAGACGCUAAUCAAGAAGUUGUUGAAGUCAAAAAAGCAUGCUGAGCUUUGGCCGGAGUCGAAGUCUGAAGAGAAGAAAUCUGGAAAAUCCAAGAAUAAGAAUGAGAAGAAUAACAAUGGGAAUCAAAAGGACCCAAAAGAUGUCCAAGAAAAAGGUGAUGUUGAUGUGGUAAAGCCAGAAAAUGCUGCGAAAAAAGACAUGGAUCAACCGCCACAGGAGCCAGACAAAGAAUUUGAUGAUAAGGAGAAAGCGGGUGGAGGAAGUACUGGUGGUGGAGGUAAAAAGAAGAAAAAGAAAGGGAAAAAGGGCAAUUCAAAUAACGACGGUGGUGGUGGUGGUGGCAACCCUGGCGAUGCUCCUCAUCCUACUCCUACUCCUGCAGGUAAUGGAUCUUCUGUGCCGACUCUAGACCCGGCUCCACCAAAGCCUUCAACGAAUCAUGGCCCUCCACCUCAGCACGUAUACCCGUAUCCACCUGUAUACUAUGCACCUGAACCGUACGAAGUACUAAGUUAUAGUAAUGUAUAUCCUAGCAGUAGCGCAUCCUACUAUGCCCCUCCCAUGCAUGCUUAUUCAAACUCUUACCGUCCGAGCCAGAGGUAUCUUCCACCGUCUGAUCCAAUCCAUGAUUUCAGUGAUGAGGAUGCUAGGGGAUGCUUCAUCAUGUGACAACUUUGUGCGCGUAUAUGCAUGAAAAUUUUGUGUUAUAUUAUUAUGGUGGAAUGUAAUAAAGAUGGAAUGUAAAGGGCGUUUCUUCUUUAUUUAGCUUAAUUUACCAGUUUGUGCUUGCUUUUGGGGGUGAUAGGCUACUAAUGUUGGGCAAUUCAUAGGUCAUUAAAUCUGCCCUUUUGAGUAGCUUAUGUGUAAAGAAGACUUUGUUUGUCUGUCUCCUCAAAUUAUAUCAUGUAAAGUAAGUUCUGAGCAAUAACAGCAUAAAUUUUCA